AUGCAGCCCGUAAAGCGUUCCUGGUGUACAGUGAUUUGUGUUGUCCUGAUGCUCCUUGUCGGAUACGUGCUUUCUAUUCCGGUUCAAGAUUCUGACAAAGUGAAGGACAAACCACUCGGUGGACUAGCGGACGGUGGUAACAUACACGAGGAAGUCGUCGUCGGAGCAUCCCUGUACGUACGCAAGAAGCCUGCCACAUCGUUGCGUCGGCAGGAGCGUGAAGUAAGGCAUGAUGGCGACGUAACACAUCACGGCACCUCACGCUCGAACGGGUUGGGUUCGCCCGAGAAAGGGCAACCAUAUUUGGGCAAACAUCACGACAAAGUACUGAAAAAGUGGAAGAACAACGACGCGAAAGUGGAACACGGAAAGAAACAGUAA